UGCUCAGCUUAUUUGCACCUGAAGGGAAUAUACCUCCUCCUUUCAUUUCAAAAAUGGCUACCAGCAUCAUGAGAGUCCAUACUCUAGCAGCACCCCUCUUCUCUACUUUCAUCUUCCUCCUUUGUUUUCCUUCAACGGUCCUUUCUGUUUCCUUCAGCAAAAUUCAAUUGCCACCAAAUGCCACCGGCCCCGAGGCACUUGCCUUCGUUUCGGGAACCGGACAGUUCUGUACACGUAUAGCUGAUGGUAGAAUUCUGAAAUAUCAGGGGCCAACCACUGGUUUUGUAGACUUUGGAUUUGCCGCACCUAACAGGUCAAAGUCAGUGUGUGAUGGCACGGACACCGCCAAUCCAAAACCUGUUUGUGGGAGGCCAUUGGGUUUGGCGUUGCACCAUGCAACAAACAGGCUGUACGUUUGUGAUGUUUUCGGCUUCGGAGUGUUGGGUCCGAAGGGAGGACAGGUAACCAUACUUUCCACCGGUGCAGAUGGAGAACCUUUCCGUUUCUGCAAUGCAGUGGAUGUCCACCAAAGAACUGGAGAUGUCUAUUUCACAGAUAGCAGUGCUGUCUACGAUAUAAGACAAAUUGAAACAGCAAUAAGUACUAACGAUUCAACAGGGAGGUUGAUGAAGUAUGACUUCAAGACUGAGCAAGUGACAGUGUUGUUUAGGAAUCUUUCCGGGGCAGUAGUUGCAGUUGAUGAGGAAGCCAAAUUCGUCCUGGUUUCCGAGUUCAUUAUUAACAGGACUAUAAAGAUUUGGCUACAGGGUCCUAAAGCUAACAAAUUUGAGAUCAUAAACUUACAGCCAAUGCCGGAUAACAUCAAGAGGACUGCAUCGGAAAAUUUUUGGCUAGCGGCAGCAAUGAUAAAACAAGGCACACAAUCACUUGUGCCUAUAGGGCAAAGGAUCAAUGCAUCUGGCACUGUUUUACAAACAGUGAAUUUUGAGCGAUGGUAUGGAAAUAAAUCAAUCAGUGAAGUUCAAGAGUUUAAUGGUCUGCUCCACGUAGCAUCACGGUUAGUGAAUUUUAUUGGAGUCUACAAGCAUUAAAGUUUCCUGAAACUGUAGGUAAUAAAAGCAAAUGGCUGCAAAUAAAAAGCUAGUUUGAAACGAAGGCUGGCUGCCCCUGCUUGUCUACCAUGUAAUAAUGUACUAAUUCUCUCUUCUGUGUUCGAUUGGCAAGGUAUUUAAAUAAUUGGUAUUUGAUGCAAAAAGAAAAUCAAAGCACUUGAGUUGUUAUUCA